AUGGAAGAAUUGCUAGAGCACAUUAAAAAUACAGUCAUAAAAAACGAAAUGAAUGAUAAAAUAAUAAUCCUAAAUGUUGGUGGUAUUAAAUUCGAAACCACUCGUAGUUCUUUAAUUGCUUAUCCAGAAACAACAUUAGGACAAUUAUUUAAUCCUAAAAAUCCUGAAGCACCUAAACCAAUUAAUCCUAGUGUCCAAAGAAUUUCCAGUUUCAAGAUGGGCAAUAGAAUUGGAAAUAAAUAUUUUAAGAUCCCUAUUGAUUCUGAAAAACGUGCAGCCCAUAACUUACAACAAGGAGUUACAGUAAUCGACAAAUUUUGUGAAAAAUUGAUACCUUUUAUUAAUGAAGCGAUAAGCAGGUUUAUCUCAGAAGUCAAGGUCGGAUUUAUGCGAGAUGGCUGUUAUUCCUGUUGCGAACCAUUUAAUAAUUAUGAAAAUGGAAAAUGGUAUGAAGAAUUUAAAAAACAAGGCUAUGCAUUACUUAGCAAUGAAAAGAUUGUUAGUAUAAUAGAAAAACAACUUAAAAAACAUUUUUCUUCUAUUAAAGUAAAAACUGAAUUUAGUAGUUAUGGAUAUUUGGUAGUUUAUGAUUUCUUUGAUAUAGAUACUAUCGUGAACAGCUUCGAAUAA